CGCCUGUGGGCUGGAGGCAUUUUGUGUCCUGGAUAUCAGCAGAAGAGGAGGGAGAGGCGCGCGCGCCAGGGCUGUGAGGAGAAGCCAGGCAGACAAGAUGGCGGCGGCGGCCGAGUGAAGCGCCGUUUGACGGCGGCGGCCGCACCCGCUUCGCCUUUUCCCAGCUGCUGGGGCUGCUUUCUUCGAAGGGCGGAAAGUGUGCUGGCGGCCGGGGAAGGCUUUGACAAGGGCCUAGUGCGACCAGAGCUGCAGGAACCGGAGUGCCCCGCUCCCCCUCUCCCCCUCUUCCUGCGCUUCCCCCCGCUGGCUUUCUGAGAGUGGAGGAGCCGGGGCUCCGCGAGGGCUGGGCGUGUGAGCCGUAGACCCCCUCCUCCUCCUCCUCCUCCUCUUCCCUCCCUCCCUCGCCCACCCACCCACCCACCCCUCCUUCGCGAUGGCGAGCAGCAGCGGCUCCAAGGCCGAGUUCAUCGUCGGGGGCAAAUACAAACUGGUGCGGAAGAUCGGCUCGGGCUCCUUCGGGGAUAUAUACUUGGCCAUCAACAUCACCAACGGGGAGGAAGUGGCUGUGAAGUUAGAGUCACAGAAGGCCAGGCAUCCCCAGCUAUUAUAUGAAAGCAAACUGUACAAGAUUCUGCAGGGGGGAGUUGGCAUCCCUCACAUACGGUGGUAUGGUCAAGAGAAAGAUUACAAUGUUCUAGUCAUGGACCUUCUUGGACCAAGCCUUGAAGAUCUCUUCAAUUUCUGUUCUCGCAGGUUCACAAUGAAAACAGUACUUAUGUUAGCAGACCAGAUGAUCAGUAGAAUUGAAUAUGUGCAUACAAAGAAUUUUAUACACAGAGACAUUAAGCCAGAUAACUUCUUAAUGGGUAUCGGGCGUCACUGUAAUAAGUGUUUAGAAUCUCCAGUGGGGAAGAGGAAAAGAAGCAUGACUGUUAGUACUUCUCAGGAUCCAUCUUUCUCAGGAUUAAACCAGUUAUUCCUUAUUGAUUUUGGGUUGGCCAAAAAAUACCGGGACAACAGGACAAGACAACACAUACCAUAUAGAGAAGACAAAAAUCUCACUGGUACUGCAAGAUAUGCCAGUAUUAAUGCACAUCUUGGCAUUGAGCAGAGUCGUCGAGAUGAUAUGGAGUCACUAGGAUACGUACUGAUGUACUUUAACAGAACCAGCCUGCCAUGGCAAGGAUUAAAGGCUGCAACAAAGAAGCAGAAGUAUGAAAAGAUUAGUGAAAAGAAGAUGUCUACUCCUGUUGAAGUUUUGUGUAAGGGAUUUCCUGCAGAAUUUGCAAUGUAUCUGAACUACUGUCGUGGACUGCGCUUUGAAGAGGCUCCUGAUUAUAUGUAUCUGAGGCAGUUAUUCCGUAUCCUUUUCAGGACCUUGAAUCACCAGUAUGACUACACAUUUGACUGGACAAUGUUAAAGCAGAAAGCAGCACAGCAGGCAGCCUCUUCCAGUGGGCAGGGGCAACAGGCCCAAACCCCCACAGGCAAGCAAACUGACAAAUCCAAGAGUAACAUGAAAGGUUUUUGAGCAUGAAGACGACAACAGAUGAAGCAGAGCAGAAUGGAGCAGGAUGUAUCACUCCCCAAAUCCUAGGAAUUUUUAGUUCAUAAACACACUUGCCAGUGGUUGUGAGCAGCCAUCUACUUGAUGUAAAGAACUUAAUUUCAAUAUAAACUGGCUCUGGGCAGUGGUGUUGAUGCUGCACCUUUGAGUUGUAGCAGCUGUAAUUGUGAAUAUUGCUGAGAUAGUUGAACAUGGUGUCCAGUUUUCUAUUGCAUUUUUUCAAGUGGAAAAGUUAACUGAAUGGUUGACACAAAAGUGGUGGAAAGAAUUGUGCAUAUGCCAAUUUUUGUAACCUUUUUACUUUGAACUACACUGCUUACAAGAUCUCAUUGUUUUGGAAGAAUGGCAUGAACAAGUCUUCAGGAACAGUUGUGAUAAUUGUACAUGCUCACAAUUGUGCACUCUUUCUGGGUAUUCCUCCCUGGUUUUGAAAGUUGUACACUUAAAACAUUCUUAUAAUUGCUGGUGUCUGAAUGACAUAACAAGCCAGUUGACACGGUAGUAACCAAAGAUUCCAGUUUUUAAGCAUAUGAAAGACUCUGCCUGCUUACCUGUGCUAGAAGUAACAGCAUCUAAAGUGAAGACUUAAGAGAAACUUAGCGACUACUAGAUUAUCUUUAGGACUCUGCAUUAACUCUAUAAUGUUCUUGUUAUAAAAGGAGAAAGCAUAUUUGUCACAAAUUUAGUUAACAUCUUACAACGAAACUGUAUGUAAGUUGCUUAGAUAAAUGUAAUCACUGUAAACAUCUAUACAAUCUGGGAUUUUGUUUUUAUUUUGAAACGGGAGCUUUUUUGUUUACAAAUUCAUUAAAAACUAAACUGUUUCUGUAAGGAAAUGAGAUUUUUUUUAAUUUGCCUUGAUAAUUUGCAAUCUAAAUUAGACACCGCCAUUUUUUAAAACAGGCAACUACAAGGCCAUUUGUUAAAGCAACAGUCCUAUUUCUUAAUCAUUUUAGAUCUAGUGUUGUAACUCUUCCUCACUUUUGUUUUUAAAAUAAAUUUUGUAUUUUUUUUCUUGAUGGGGAGGGGCACUCUUGCAUUUUUAUAAUCUGUUGCAUUGAUACCCAGCCCACUGUAACAAGAGACUGAAUAAAAAUAAAGGCAUCUUUUUGGAGCCAUCACAGCAACUCACUAGUCUUGCCGUUGUCUCACAUUGGCUGGACUGGUUUGCAAAACUAGCUUUUACAGAUUUAAAUUGGAAGUAUAUGGAGGGUUUGAAAAGGAGGAUUUUUCUUUCAAGUUCUUGUGAAGUGGAUAUGAUCAGAUUUACUCUUGUUCUUAGGCAGCCCCUCAGAGUGUGGUGUUCACAUGGGUUACUGGUUACUGCCUUAGGCUGUCCUUCUCACCUUAAUCCAGCUGAAAGAUAUUCUUACUGCUGGCAAAUUCAUUUAACAGUGUAAUUUAUUCCUUUAUAGCAUGUCAGAAUAAAUUUAAAAAGUUGUCUGAAAA